CGAUGUCGGCGCCGUCCGGCCGGGGCCCCAGCGGCGCUGCCCAGUCUGGCUCCGGCACCGCCCGUCGCGGACGCGUAUUUGCCGCCGCCGCCGCCACCGCCGCCGCCGCCGCCUCUGCUCCGCCACCGCGCCCGGGCCCCCUGCCCGCAGCCAUGAGCGCUCUCCGUCCGCGUAGAGCCCGCCGUCCUCUCGAUUAGUUCCUUCCGCUGCCCCUGGACCCGCCUGCACCAUGGAGUCGCCCGCCUCCAGUCAGCCCUCCAGCAUGCCCCCGACCAAAGGGAAAUCCAAGAGGAAGAAGGAUUUACGGAUAUCCUGCAUGUCCAAGCCGCCUGUACCCAACCCUACACCCCCCCGGAACCUGGACUCUCGGACCUUCAUCACCAUCGGAGACAGGAAUUUUGAGGUGGAGGCCGAUGACCUGGUGACCAUCUCAGAGCUGGGCCGUGGAGCCUAUGGGGUGGUGGAGAAGGUGCGGCAUGCCCAGAGUGGCACCAUCAUGGCCGUUAAGCGGAUCCGGGCCACUGUGAACUCACAGGAGCAGAAGCGUCUGCUCAUGGAUUUGGACAUCAACAUGCGCACGGUCGACUGCUUCUACACUGUCACCUUCUAUGGGGCCCUCUUCAGAGAGGGAGAUGUGUGGAUCUGCAUGGAGCUCAUGGACACAUCCCUGGAUAAGUUCUACCGGAAAGUGCUCGAUAAAAACAUGACCAUUCCAGAGGACAUCCUGGGGGAAAUUGCUGUGUCUAUCGUCCGGGCACUGGAGCAUCUGCACAGCAAGCUGUCCGUGAUCCACAGAGAUGUGAAGCCGUCCAAUGUCCUCAUCAACAAGGAGGGUCAUGUGAAGAUGUGCGACUUCGGGAUUAGCGGCUAUUUGGUGGACUCUGUGGCCAAGACGCUGGAUGCUGGCUGCAAGCCCUACAUGGCUCCCGAGAGAAUCAACCCGGAGCUGAACCAGAAGGGCUACAACGUCAAGUCCGACGUCUGGAGCCUCGGCAUCACCAUGAUCGAGAUGGCCAUUCUACGGUUUCCUUAUGAAUCCUGGGGGACCCCGUUCCAGCAGCUGAAACAGGUUGUGGAGGAGCCAUCUCCCCAGCUCCCAGCUGACUCGUUCUCUCCCGAGUUUGUGGACUUCACCGCACAGUGCCUGAGGAAGAGCCCCGCGGAGCGCAUGAGCUACCUGGAGCUGAUGGAGCACCCUUUCUUCACCUUGCACAAAACCAAGAAGACGGACAUUGCUGCCUUUGUGAAGGAGAUCCUGGGGGAGGACUCGUAGGGGGUGGGGCCGUGGACUCCGCUCUGGCCCUCCAGCGCCCGACAGCCCUCCCUGCCAGGGCAGUGCUUGCCCACACCCAUAAGCUACUGCCACCCUGGCCUUGGGUGUUUGGGGAAGAAUCAAGGGGGCUGCCCGUGUCUGGCUUGGCAACAGGCCAUUGGUCCCAAGUGCCAAAGAACCAGACCGCCAGAGCCCCCAGCCAGGCCCGCGUGGGCCCCACCAGUGCCUCUGCCCCUGCUGCUCCAAGGACCCCAAGUCUCCAGCCCCCGAGAUCCUGGACUUGGAGGGGCCUGGAUGGCCUCCACCGGACCCCGCUGCCCCUCGCAGAGAAGGCAGCCAGUGCCUGUGUUCAGGAAGCUGCCUUGGCCCAAGCCCUGGAUGCCACCCAAGUUGUAUAUUUUUUUAUCUCUUGACCGAAUGGACUUUGCACACUUUGGCCUAGGGUGGCCACACCUCUGUCCUGGCAUCAGUGUGGGGGACACGAUCGGGGGAUGAGCCAUGUGAAUCCGCCAGAGCCCCCACGAGUGCGAGGACAGAGCCGCCCGAGCCUUCACCCCAGCACUGGCAAAUAGGGCCUCUAAGGGCACGCGGGCUCAACCUAGCCCCGCCCACUGCCUCGGGAGUGGGGGGGGGGGGGUUGUUUCACUUUUUUGUUUUAAUUUAUCCUCUUGAUUUUUUUUUUUUUCCUCUUGCUUUGUGGGUUUGCCUGGUUUCUCUUGCAUGGUUUGGAGCCGAUCACGUUUCUCUCACCCCCUAGGGACCAGCAGGUGGAGAACCCCUGCCUCUGCUCAGGCUGGGGUCUAGGGGGACGGGCCCAAGGUCUCUGCUCAGAGAGGUGCUAGGGGAGCUGUCUAGCUCACUCUCCUUGGGGACCGGCUCAACAGGGGCUGUGGAUUUGCUUUUGGUGUUGUUUAAAAAAAAAAAAAAAAAGAAAAAAUAUAUUUUUUUGAAGAAAGACUGCCCAGGGUCUUCUCCCUGAUGGGUUGGGGCAGUUACCUGAUUGUUGUUUUAAUUUAAAAAAAAAAAAAAAAAAGUGGGACACAG